AAGGAAAGAUGGCGGCGGAACUGGACAGAGUGCGAAUCUCAGCUGCGGAACUCCGCGCUGACGCGUCGAAUUCAGUCAGCAGUAGUGACUGUCAGAAAGAGGAACAACAGGAGCAUCACUCACACAAGCAGCAGAGGAGGCGUGAAGGAAAACGUCCUGAUCUGCAGCGCUACCAGCCAGUUUCUGGACAUGGACGACGUCAUCGCGACAGUGAGGGAGAAAUUAGUCAAAGCAAUCCCCUAGCUGGUGAUUCACAAGACCAUGAUCAGCCAUCCCAGAGUGAAAAAAAGGGUGUGUCUGAAAAUGAUUUGGAGCGACAAGGGUGCACAGAUGGUGGGACAGGUACCAAUGAAAGGGAUCAUGACAGGAUGAGAGGUGAUGGCAGUAACAAUCAGAACUGCAGAAAGGGGAGACAUGCGCAGGAUAAAACAGAUGCAAAUGAUGAAAAAUCAUUUGUUGAAAAGGAACAUCAAGAACCUGUAGGAGCAGCUAAGCAGACAAAGAAAACCCGUAAACCAGACCGAGAAUUUUAUCAACCUGGGAGUAGACGAAGCAUCCAAGGAAAGGACAGUGGCACUGGAAGAGAGCAGGAUAAACCUCCCCCUAGGAAACCUGAGCUAGAAUCCCAACUAAAUACAGGGAUGAGUGAAGUGGACAAAAAAGCAUCCAUACAGAAGCAGGGUGGAAAAGAUAAAAGAGCAAAAGGCACACAAGAGACUGUAAAGUUGUCUAACUCCAAAGAGACAAGUAGAAAGCAAGAACGCCAAGAUGUGGAAACACCUGAAUUGCCCAUUGAUGUUUCAGUGGAGAAAAUUACUAGUAAAGUUGAAAAACUCAACAUACAAGAAAAGGAUAAAGUUGAAUGUGCAAGUCAGAAUGUUGGAGAAUUAAAUUUCAAGGCAAGGGAAACAAUUGACAAGAAAAGGCAAGGUCAAGGUUCAGGAACCAAAGAUGAGGAAGAAAAGUCAGCGCCGAAGAGAGAAAGAGGAAACCGAAGGAGAAGAGGAGUGGAGAAGGAAAAGGAGAAGAAUCAGGACUCCAGAAGAGAAGAUGAGCCAGGUGAUCAGGGCAAGAACAAUCAAGGGAAAACUGAGAGGGAAAAAGACAAGAGAGCUGUAGAAACAGAUGUGAAAAAAACAGAUAAAGCAGACCAAACACACCAAAGUAAAAGAAGAGAGAACCGCAGGGAAAACCGAAGUGGUGGAAGCAACAACAGCAGAUCCAGAGAUGAUGAGAAGGAUGCCAAGACAGAAAAAAAGAUAGACAGGGCUGUGGAAGGAGGUGACAGAAAUCGGUCCAAUGCAAAUGUCACAACGGCAACCUCAAAACGCUAUUCCAAAUCGGAUAUUCGGCGCUCACGCAAUCGAACUUACAGCAGUAGCUCAGCCAGCAGCGUGACCAGCCUGGAUUAUCCUGGACUGGGAAAGGAUACGGAGAGUGCAAAGUGGUCGCAUUCUAGACACAAUAACAAAGAGGGGAUGAUUGUUGGUGGAGAAGGACAAAGGCAUCAUUUAAAAAGUUGGACAACGAAUGAGGAAUCUUCUACAGAAUCACUGGAAGGAAGUGAAAUGAGUGACAGAGCAGAAGAUAGGAGGAGGAAAAGAAGAGGUGGGGAGGGCCAGUUAAGUAGAGAGAGACAGAGAGGAGAACGGAACAGACAAAAGGGAAGCAAAGAUGGGGCUCGGGGAAUCCUAAGGGUCUCUCUGGAAAAACAGUCAGACACCCUGUCACAUAGUGGGGAAGCACAACAUCGCAAGGAAGGCCUCGUUCCCCGUGGCCGAGGUGGGGGCAUCCUGGUACUUCCAGCUCGCACAGACAUCUCGAAUUCUCCUGAAGUGGGGCAAAGGCUCCUUUUUGGUGGAAUUAGAGGUGGGACAGCUGGCAGGAGUAGAGGAGGUCGAGGAGGAGGAGCAAGGCGACUCUGGGAUCCAAAUAACCCCGACCAGAAACCUGCUCUUACCAGCAAUCAGCCCUCACAGCAUUCAUCUCUCCAACAGCCUGUGUAUCUUCAGACAGGCAGUGGAUAUGGACAACUUCAUUUUCUGGACACAGAUGAUGAGGUAGCAGGCAGUCCGCCGGUCCCACAGGGUGAGCGUUUUCGAUCUCAGCAGGCUUCUGCCAUGGCCUACUACAAAUUCCAAAACUCUGAUAACCCAUAUUGCUACCCUAUGCCCACCAACAGCCCACAUAAUCCUAACACCACCCAGCGCUAUCCAUACCCUUAUCAUAUGGGAUCCUUUCAAAUGGCUCACCCCAACAGUAUGUACCCAAGCCCUGGUGUGGGUCAGUUCUGUGGGAAUUAUAGGGGAACAAGUUAUUCCCUGCCAAGUGCAGGAGGUGGUAUGACAUUUGAAGAGGUAGAGCAACAAGCCAGGGGGGAGCUGGGUAGACUGCUGAGGGCUGCAGACGCACAGGAGCUUCAGCUCAGUAACCUGCUGUCCCGGGAUAGAGUGAGUGCUGAUGGACUGGAUCGCAUGGCCCAGCUCAGAGCGGAGCUUCUGGGGAUGUACGAGCAGGUUAUCCUGACAGACAUCGAGUUCUCAGACUCUCAGACUGUGGAUCAGGCCUUGUGGAAAAACGUCUUUUACCAGGUCAUAGAGCGCUUUCGGCAGCUACUCAAAGAGCCCACCUAUGACAACACUCCUCAUAUCAGAAACAAGCUCCUUACACUACUUGAUGAGGGAGAAUUAUUCUUUGAUGCACUACUUCAGAAGCUUCAGACAGUGUACCAAUUUAAGUUAGAGGAAUACAUGGAUGGUAUGGCUAUCAGGGCUCGGCCAUUACGCAAAACGGUGAAGUAUGCACUUAUUAGUGCUCAGCGCUGUAUGAUUUGUCAGGGUGACAUAGCACGUUAUCGGGAACAAGCCAGUGACUCUGCCAACUAUGGCAAGGCUCGCAGCUGGUAUCUGAAGGCCCAGCAGAUUGCCCCAAAAAAUGGACGUCCUUACAACCAGCUGGCCCUUCUGGCAGUCUAUACAAAGCGGAAGUUAGACGCUGUGUAUUAUUAUAUGCGCAGCUUGGCAGCUUCCAAUCCUAUUCUGACUGCAAAGGAGAGCCUCAUGAGUCUUUUUGAGGAAGCUAAGCGUAAGGCAGAGCAGCUUGAGCGAAGGAGGAGGCAGGAGCAUGAAGGAGGCUCCAGGGGUCCAGCAGUAAGAGGAAGAGGAAGAAGAGAAGAAGGAGCACGUGUGGAGAUCUGGAUUCGUCCCAGUGGACAGGCAGCAACCCCUGCAUCUCAGAGAGGAGGUAGUGAGUCCAGCAGAGAUUCUGAACAGGAUGGAGAGCUCGGCAGUCUCAGCGCUGCUGACCUCAAUAAGAGAUUCAUUCUGAGUUUCCUGCAUGCACACGGAAAGCUCUUUACUAAAGUGGGCAUGGAAUCGUUUCCUGGAGCAGCGAGUCGUGUUCUGCAGGAGUUCAGGACGUUGCUCCAACAUGGCCCGCACCUGCUGGGAAGUACACACAUGCUGCAGAUCAUCACCAUCAAUAUGUUUGCCACACACAAUGCCAACAGCAAAGGUGAAGACGGAGAAGUUCGAUCCGUUUUACAGGAGCAGAGCACUGCCCUGGGCCUCGGCAUGUUUGCGCUACUGGUGCAGCGCUGCACAGAGCUGCUUCAAGAAAUUCCUGCAGAACCAGUCCCAAUGACAGAUGGAGAGGAGGAGGGUAAAGCGGAGGAGAUGGAGGGUCUUGUGAGAGUCUCUGCCUUCCCACUGGAUCUAAGAGAAAUGCUGCCAAGUAUCAAAGUCUGGUCUGACUGGAUGCUGGGACACCCAGACCAGUGGAACCCACCACCGUGCAGUAUAGAUUGCAGCCCCGAUGUCUGGCGGUGCCUGGCUGACCUGUGUAAUGUGCUGGCACGUGUAGACCAUGGGGAAGUGCCCCUGUACAAAGCUGAUAGUGAUGAAGGAGAGGGAGAUGAGGAGUUGGCACUGCUUCAAUUGAAAGAAGACAGGCUGCUUGCUGGCUUUGUACCAUUGCUGGCUGCACCACAGGAGCCAUGUUACACAGACAGACACACUGACACGGCCAUAGCAGCAGAUUGUAAGAGAGUUACUGUGCUGAAGUACUUUCUGGAGGCUUUGUGUGGACAGGAAGAGCCUUUGUUGGCUUUCAAGGGAGGCAAAUAUGUCUCUGUGGCAAGUCCUCCUGCACCUAACCACUCAACAGAUACAAGAAGCAGGCAGGAUUCUUUAACAGAAAAAGAGGGUGAUGAUGUCAUACUCGAGGCAGAGUCUUCCUUCUCUGCAUCAGAGGAAGAGGAGGAUGUUGAGGAGGCUGGAGACAGUGAGAAUGACAUCAGACAGCUCAAGGCACGACGCCAUGCACUCGCCAACAAGCUGGCACAGCAACAAAAGCGAAGGGAUAAAAUACAGGAAGUGCUGCAGACAGGUGGGCAGUUGGAGCUUGAAGUGAGGCCUCUCUUUCUGGUUCCAGAUACCAAUGGGUUCAUUGAUCAUUUGGCAGGACUGAAGAAACUCCUUCAAUGUGGAACAUACAUAAUAGUUGUGCCACUCAUCGUGAUUACAGAGUUGGAUGGCUUGGCUAAAGGCCAGGACAGUUUUGGUGGAGGAGUGGAGUCAGGAGGGCGCAACUACAGUGCCAGUGCGGCCCAUGUGAGGGCUGUGCAGGAGAAAGCUCGGAUGGCAGUGGCUUUCUUAGAAAAAGGAUUCGAAGCCAGGGAACCGUGCCUCAGAGCCCUAACAAGCAGAGGAAAUCGUCUCGAGUCUAUUGCCUUCCGCAGCGAGGAUAUGUCAGGGCAACAGGGUAACAAUGAUGAUGUUAUUCUGUCCUGCUGUCUUCACUACUGCACAGACAAGGCAAAAGAUUUUAUGCCUCAUCAGAGAAAUGGGACCGUGAGGCUCCAGAGAGAAGUGGUACUCCUCACAGAUGACCGUAACCUCCGUGUCAAAGCUUUGACUCGUAACGUGCCUGUGCGAGACAUCCCUUCUUUCCUCAGCUGGGCCAAAGUGGGCUGAACCAGAGCAAGCCCAAAUCCAAGGAACCCAACUGCUGAAGCCUGCUUGUCAGUCAGCCAAGAGAGAAGACACACUUCAGAGGAAGUUAACAGGGGAGAGGAAAUGAUAAAGCAAGGAACCACUUUUAAUGAAAAACAAGCAAAUGUAGAGAGAGCAGAGUGGUUUCAAUGAGCUUUUCCCCCUUGUGACAGUGUGUGUGUAUGUGUGUGUUAAGAUCAGUGAGCUUCCCUAGAGAGACGCAGGAAAGACUCUCAGGAAGGCUGUAGAGGAAGAAGGGAAAAUGGAGUGAUUUGAUUUGUAGGUUGCCCUGUGCAGCCGCAAACCUCUGCUCCUAUUUCGCGUAUGCUCUGCAAGCAGUGUUAAAAUUUGAAUCUGAUGACAGAAUGAGCCAGAACGGGGGGAAGAGUGGCUAUGGUCAUUUAAUUGAUUAAGACAGCAUUACUGAAGGCCAUAAAUGGCACUUACACACCUCUGAGGGUCCAGGCUUAGAUACUGCUUCAGCCUCAACAGCAGAGCUAAAAGAAUGGCAGGAGGAAAUCAGCACAGCUGGCUGGUCUGUGUCAAUACAGUAAGGAGUGGCUGAUUGUAAGUGAGGGUUAAUCAAGAGCCCUCAUGCAAACUCAGCACCUCCAAGGAAUGACGGGCAGAUACGGUAUUUCCUGCUAACCCAGGAAGUGCUCGAUGCCUGUUUGGUAUUUUGGAUUACACUUCCUGGCUGACGCUAACAUUAAGUUUGGCUGUUGAAAUUAGAUGUUUUUAAAAGUCAACGGCAGCGUUAGAUAUAGUUUCUUUCUGUUUGUACUUUUUGUUUUGUUUUUGCUCGUGUGUAAAAAAAAAAAAAAAAUUUUGUGUGUGUAUUCUUAAAAGCUGUAAACUCCGAUAAUAAACAUCUGCAAAGUUUUCCUAACAUGAAUUGCUAAUUUAGCAAAUCCAGUUUUAGUUUGGUUCUGGGUGAAAAUGGGUUUGUAAAUACUCCGAGCAUCAUUUUAUUGAUUAUACAUCAGCACCGACUGAAGUUUGUUGUAUUGAAAACAAAUAAGAUACCGUUUCAUAAAUGUGUGUGAUCAAAUUUGUGCUCAUACGGGAGCUUUAAUAAUGAUCACUUGGUUUCCCCCGGCCCAAAGGGGGAAUAAAUAAAAAAUAAUCUGAUAUCAGAAACCAGCACUUUCCUGCUGAAUUGUCAUUGCAGUGGAUUUGUUUGCUGGUUUGUGUUGUAUUUUCAGUUCUAGAAAAUAGGAUUUCCUUUAGGUGACAUUUGGCCCAUCUAUGACUUAAAACAAGAUGAAACCAAGCAUUACAAAUACUUGCUGAGCCAGCGAUAGUGUUUAAUGUGCUGGUCCUUUGCAAAGACUUUGCAGAAUUUUAUUAUCAAGUUUAAUUUCUGUUCAGAUGUACAAGUCAAUUUGUGCCGUUUAAUUUGAACCACCACAACAGUUUACACUUUCAGUAGCUUUUCUCUCGUGACAUCAUUCAUAUAAGCAUUGUCCUUUUUUUGUCUUCAGUGUGACUUUACCCCCCCCCCCCC